AUGGAGAAAGCUUUAGAAAAACAAAUGGAUGAGGCAUUCCGCCUGCCAGGGGUUUCAGGUAUUAUAUGUGUGGAUAACAAUGGACUUUGCCUUGGAGCAAAAGGCGUCAUUCCUGGCCAGUGUAACGGAUCAAUCUGUGCUCUAGCCGUCCAGGCAUCAAAGCUGUCACCCAGUCCUAUGCACCUAGUCCUGUCAUUUGCCUUGAGUCAGAGCAUGGGUAAGUCAGUGCUGAUAAAGAAAACAGACCAACUAACUACAGCCAUUUUCAAGUCCAGUUGA